AUGGUACUUAUUAGGAUUUUGACAUUUGAUACCACUGUCCUGCAGGCUUUUUUGUUCUAUACUACUUGGAUCUUAUUUAUUGCUGGUUUAUUUGUUGCUACAAGAUUAUUACUAUCAGCUCAUUUUUGUUCAGUUGCUCGCAAUCUGAUCGCUUUUGGAAUCUCUAGUUCAUUAAUCUUUCAACUUGCUAUGCUUCACAAUGAAUCAGCUGCAACUCGUAAGAUGAUACUCGAUAAGGGCCCACCCUUGAAUUGUUUGGGUCUGUCAUGGUUAACUAGCUUGUUAUCAGCAUAUUCAUGUCCUGAAUACUACGAAACUCUCCAAGGUAACAUCUUUUGGCAGUUGAAUGUUUUGCGUGUUUCUGGGACAUUGUUGAAAGAUAUGGUGAUUUUAACUGCAUCAAUGUGUGGUGGAGCACUUGGUGAAUUCGUUCAUUCAUUUAUAAACAAAUUCCAUUGGCUUAUUUACGUUCCUGUACUCAUAGGAACUCUACUUUGCGUCUUAUCUAGUAUUUUUGCUUUAUUUGGAUGUCGAUUCGAUCUAAUCUACGGUUUAAUUCGAGUUGAUUUCAGAAAUCAACGAAUUCUGAGGUGUGUUAACUGCGUAUCAAACGAAAAUUUUGGAGAAGCGUCAAAAAGAAAGUUUUUGGCUUGUACGAGAAAAGAAACUAAACCAUUGCUUCUGAUCAAUGAACUCUAUCAAAAAGCUCUAAACAGGAGAAAAAUAAAGCUAUAA